AUGUCCUUGCAUCUGUGUACGUCCUCACACCUGUGUACGUCCUCACACCUGUAUACAUCCUCACACCUGUGUACGUCCUCACACCUGUGUACGUCCUCACAUCUGUACGUCCCCACACCUGUAUACGUCCUCACACCUGUAUACAUCCUCACACCUGUAUACAUCCUCACACCUGUAUACGUCCCCACACCUGUGUACGUCCUCACAUCUGUGUACGUCCUCAGAUCUGUAUACGUCCCCACACCUGUGUACGUCCUCACAUCUGUGUACGUCCUCACACCUGUGUACGUCCUCACACCUGUAUACGUCCUCACAUCUGUAUACGUCCUCACACCUGUGUACGUCCUCACAUCUGUAUACGUCCUGGUACCGGUAUACGUCCUCACAUCUGUGUACGUCCUCACACCUGUGUACGUCCUCACACCUGUAUACGUCCUCACAUCUGUGUACGUCCUCACACCUGUGUACGUCCUCACAUCUGUAUACGUCCUGGUACCGGUAUACGUCCUGGCACCUGUAUACGUCCUCACAUCUGUGUACGUCCUCACAUCUGUGUACGUCCUCACAUCUGUGUACGUCCUCACACCUGUAUACGUCCUCACACCUGUAUACGUCCUCACAUCUGUAAACGUCCUCACAUCUGUAUACGUCCUCACAUCUGUAUACGUCCUCACAUCUGUGUACGUCCCCACACCUGUGUACAUCCUCACAUCUGUGUACGUCCUCACACCCGUGUACGUCCUCACAUCUGUAUACGUCCUGGUACCGGUAUACGUCCUGGCACCUGUAUACGUCCUCACAUCUGUGUACGUCCUCACACCUGUGUACGUCCUCACAUCUGUGUACGUCCUCACAUCUGUAUACGUCCUGGUACCGGUAUACGUCCUGGCACCUGUAUACGUCCUCACAUCUGUGUACGUCCUCACAUCUGUAUACGAUGUCCUCUGGAUAUUACUUUACCUACUGUAUUUAUCACAUCUCACAUCUGUAUACGUCCUGGUACCGGUAUACGUCCUCACAUCUGUGUACGUCCUCACACCUGUGUACGUCCUCACACCUGUAUACGUCCUCACAUCUGUGUACGUCCUCACAUCUGUAUACGUCCUGGUACCGGUAUACGUCCCGGCACCUGUAUACGUCCUCACAUCUGUGUACGUCCUCACAUCUGUGUACGUCCUCACACCUGUAUACGUCCUCACAUCUGUAUACGUCCUCACAUCUGUAUACGUCCUCACAUCUGUGUACGUCCCCACACCUGUGUACAUCCUCACAUCUGUGUACGUCCUCACACCCGUGUACGUCCUCACAUCUGUAUACGUCCUGGUACCGGUAUACGUCCUGGCACCUGUAUACGUCCUCACAUCUGUGUACGUCCUCACAUCUGUGUACGUCCUCACACCUGUGUACGUCCUCACAUCUGUGUACGUCCUCACACUAUUGCAGCUUUAG